AUGAUUGCUCCAAAGACCGAUCUGGAAAAUCAGGAUGAAGAAAAUGCGAUUGCUAAUUCAAAUUUUGAGGUCUUGGCUACUUUCAGAUACGAUCCUGGUUUUACGCGUUGCAUAUCCUCAAAAGAUAAAAAAUUUGAGUACGUAGACCCCAGGUUAGGUUUAAGAGAUGAAGAAAUCAGGCAGCAGAUCACCAACGGGGAUUACUCAUGUUAUCUACGAGUUGAAAGAGCCAGUUCCAGCGCUAAACUUCUGAAAGAUAUCCGACUUCCUGAUGCUUGGAAACAGCGUUGCAAAACUAUUCAAUGCCAUCACAAGGAAAGUAUUUAUUCGCUUAUUUACGAAAGGUUUUUUUUAUUAGAUGAACAAUAUCAAAGAAUAAGGUUAGCAUUAUCAUAUUUCAAGAUUGAUUUCAACACAUCCCUAAGUGAUUUAUUCAGGUUGUUAGUUGAAAAUUUAGUUAAGUGUAAAGAAGGAACUGCAGAGUAUGAUGAAAAAAUACAAAAUUUGAUCAGUGAAAAACAAUGUUACAAAAUGCGUGUACUUAUUUCCAAGACAGGAAGUAUACGAAUGGAGGCGGUACCGUUACCUACGGCGCCCAUUCUUGAACCGACCAAAGAUUGUGACGUUUCCACCUAUUUUAUCAACACGAUGUUAAAUGGAUUUUUGAGUCGUUGCUCAAUAAAUUGGGACGUUGUCGUUUCCUCUGAACCAAUAAAUGGGUCCGCUUUCACCAGUUUCAAAACAACGUCAAGAGAUCAUUACACUAGGGCAAGAGCCCGCAUGCAGACCGCCGUGAAUAAAGUAAGAGGCGUAAAGCCUACUUGUCCUGUCUCUCAGUGUGAAAUUUUACUUCCCAACAAAUCUGGACAGCUGAUGGAAGGUUCAAUAACAAACGUAGCUGUAAUUCAAAGGGAUUCUAGUGGUACAGAAAAAUAUGUUACACCGAGACUGACAAGUGGAUGUCUAUGCGGUACAAUGCGUCACUAUUUGUUGCGCCUCGGUUUUAUUGAAGAGGGAGAUAUAAAGAUAGAAAGCCUGUCCAUUGGUGACAAAGUCUUGCUUUUCAAUGGUGUUGUGGGAUGCAUAAGGGGAACGAUAAAAACUAAAUAUUAG